GAAGUCGUGAAGUUUCACGUUAUUCACGGUUCCAGAGAUAUGUCGAUACAUCCCGUUGACAUUAAUUUGGAAAACGUUAGUUCGAAUGAUAGUUUUGAAUAUUCGAUAGCUCUUUUAAGGGGCACAGUUACGUGUCGAGAAAGUGUUUGUAUAACAUUGAAUUGUAAAGUUUUAGUAUCAACCGACAAUGAAACAUCCGAGUUUACUGUUCAAGAAGGGCGAUUCAAAUGCAUUAUCGAAUUGAAACUAGGCCGCAAUUUAGUCAGCAUUACGUGUUGCACCGAUCUUCAUGUAGGCCAGUAUUCUUUGAUCUUGGAAAGGAAGCCAAACAUUUGUGAUAAAGUUUUAAAGCUCCUCUAUGUUAUACCAAAAGGGGAUACAGGGAAAUUUCAAUCUAGUGGAAAUUGUGUAAAUUCCUCAGAAUCUGCUUGUAAAAGAAUUGUAACUGGUGUAAAACUGCUGCAGUGCAUGACUGCUGAAAGGCUGAAUGAGCUAGGUCUAGGCAGAAAAACUUUUAAUCUUUCCACAGAAAAUGGGCAAGAGGUAUGUGAGAUAUUUCACAGUCAGUAUACCAAAGAGCAGUUUUUUUCCUGGACAAGUGAAAAAAUAUGGAACAUGACUGCAAGAGAGCUAUUAGCUAAUGAAGUCUUUGCACAGGGGGUUAAAGUAUUAGCUUUCCUUAGUUGCACAGAGUAUUUUAAGAAAUCAAAUGAAAUCAAAGGCUAUGUUGCUUGUGGCAGAGGGCACCUAGCCAUGAUGAGCUCAUCUGGCUUACACAGCUGGGCCUGUGAUUUAAAGGAUGUAGUUUCCUGCCUAACAUCUUCCAUUCCUAUAGAUUCUACGCUUUUUGAUGACAGUGGUUCCAGGGGCACCUUAAGUGGCUGUUAUGCUACAACUUUGGGAGCAGCCCUGCAUGAAAUAGGUCACAUCUUUGAUCUAGUUCAUACUGACUUUGGAGUUAUGGCAAGAGGUUUCGAAGAGCUUGAUCUUUUCUUCACUGUUGGAAAUUCGAAACCAAAGCAUCACAAUGCAGAAAUGAGGAAAAGGUGUGUCAGUCAGGAGAUCUCCGUCCGUGUUCGAGCGCCAACAAAAGUCACAUCUGUAAGUUUUGGGUUGCGAUCUAUCGGACAUGAUAAGGACGAUAGGAAAUGGGAUCGAGAUGGGCAGGCUUACUUCCACCGGUCAGCUGCUGUUUUGCUCUCCGGGCACCCUUGGUUUGGUAAAUGUUGCCAACUAGAAGACAAAGGGCCCAUUCAAAUCAGUGGACUUGAAGUAAAGGUGCCAAAUGGAAUCCGCCUCAUCGAACUCCACGCCGAAGAUGAUCACCUCGUCAAAUACUGGGAUUUCACAAAGAAUCCGACCAACAUCCAUCGAUAUUGUAUAAGCUGGUUCGACGUGAAAGACGUGAUUCAGCCUUCACUGCUCGUCCAAGAUGUUACCGGUAAAAUUGUUACCCAUUACUUGAAUUUUGGAGCAUCCAUUCCAUCAGUCAGCCAGUAA